AUGGCACACAGCCUGGCAGAGGAGUGCACCCCGCUCAAGAAGCAGUACGACGCCUGCUUCAACGCCUGGUUCGAGGGCUACCUCGAGCCCGCCGUCUCCGCCUCCUCCACCCCAGACCAGCGCGCCGCGUUCGCCCGCCAACAGGCCGCAGAGUACGACGCCCGCUGCGGCAAGCUCUGGGCCCAGUACCGCGAGUGCGUCCAGAAGGCCGUCAAGGACAGGGGGCUCGACGUCCUCCUCGACCAGGCCAGGACGGAGAACCCCCUCAGGGACCCGCCCCCGCCGUCCCCCGACGACCUCCCCCCGGCCUCCUCGUAG